GCGGGCACCCUGGGGUUCUAUCCAGUGAGAGCUUGGCCCGUGCGCCAGCCGUUCCUCCCGCCGGUCGCAUCUCGCCGUCUUUUCUACCCGUGUCCCCUCGCUGGCCCCGCCAUGCUGUCUCUAGAUUUUUUGGACGAUGUACGGCGGAUGAACAAGCGGCAGCUCUAUUAUCAAGUCCUAAAUUUUGGAAUGAUUGUCUCCUCGGCACUAAUGAUCUGGAAGGGGUUAAUGGUCAUAACUGGAAGUGAAAGUCCAAUUGUAGUGGUGCUCAGUGGCAGCAUGGAACCUGCAUUUCAUAGAGGAGAUCUUCUCUUUCUAACAAAUCGAGUUGAAGAUCCCAUACGAGUGGGAGAAAUUGUUGUUUUUAGGAUAGAAGGAAGAGAGAUUCCUAUAGUUCACCGAGUCUUGAAGAUUCAUGAAAAACAAAAUGGACAUAUCAAGUUUUUGACCAAAGGAGAUAAUAAUGCGGUUGAUGACCGAGGCCUCUAUAAACAAGGACAACAUUGGCUAGAGAAAAAAGAUGUCGUGGGGAGAGCGAGGGGAUUCGUUCCUUACAUUGGGAUUGUGACGAUCCUCAUGAAUGACUAUCCUAAAUUUAAGUAUGCAGUACUAUUUUUGCUGGGUUUAUUUGUGCUGGUCCAUCGUGAGUAAGAAGUCUGCCUUGCUGUUCCUGGAAGAUGCUGUACUUUUUGUUCCUGAAUGUUUGGAGUAGAUAUCAAUCUGUGGUUGGUGGAAUGGAGAACACAUGUUGGCGCUUCUUGGCAGCACUGGUUUGCAUUAGUUUAUGUUUCCACGCCAGAGUACGUGUGGGCGGGUGCAUGUGCACCACAGCGUGCACUCGAGGGGACUUUCAAUCACAGAAUUUCAUAUGUUGUCAUUGUCACACUUUCGCAUUUUUGUACAUCAGUGAAUUUUUUAUAUUAAAAGGUUGAGCCAAAGCCCCCAGUGUUUGUAUUUUGAAGCCAAGCUUCACUUCUGAAGUGCCUACAGAGUUCUGUAAAUGAAAAUGCAGCUCUGCACGAGUUUGAAACUGUCAUUCCUCCUUAUAAUGGGAAUGGCAUAUACUGAGGUGGUCGUCGUCUUAACUUUUCAAAAUUUUAAAUAAAAGACUUUGCAUAUCGAAA